GAAGUCAGAUAAUUUCAAUUUCAGCCUACCCUGAUCAACCCACCAUUUCAUUUUCAAUAGCUUUAAUUCUGUCUCGGUUAUUCCUAUUUCUUGCAAUUCUUUUGCUGGACUGGUAUUAAUUGCUGUACAUGUUUACCAAAUGGUCCAAAUCGUUACAGUAGUGUAAAUCUUUCAACGCUCACAAACAUAAGAUUCAGCCAUGAAGAGGAAGAAAAUUUUAACUGUGAGGGUUUGAUACUGGUAGGAAUGGCAGGACAAUCCAGAAAAUGGAUGAUAUUAGUAGCGGCCAUAUGGAUACAAGCAUUUACAGGUACAAAUUUUGAUUUCUCAGCAUAUUCAUCAAAUUUGAAAUCAGUAUUAGGGAUUUCACAAGUUCAAUUGAAUUAUUUAGCAACAGCUUCAGAUCUUGGUAAAAUUUUUGGUUGGUCUUCUGGUUUAGCUCUUUUGUAUUUGCCCCUUUGGUCUGUUCUUAUCUUGGCUGCUUUUAUGGGUUUCAUUGGUUAUGGUUUUCAAUGGCUUCUUCUUCAGAAUCUCAUUUCUCUCCCUCAUUUCAUUGUAUUUCUGCUAUGCUUGUUGUCUGGAUGCAGUAUAAGUUGGUUCAAUACAGUAUGUUUUGUAUUAUGCAAUCAAAAUUUCCCCACAAGUAGAGCUUUGGCAUUAUCUCUUACCAUUAGUUAUAAUGGACUUAGUCCAGCAAUUUACAAUCUUGCUGCCGAUGCCAUUUCCUCACCAGAAUCUAGUAUUUAUCUAAUUCUGAAUGCUCUUUUUCCUCUCAUCACAUGUUUUUCUGCUCUAGUUCCAAUCCUUCGUCAACAUCCACUACAAACCUUGCCCCAAGACGCUGUUCGUCGAGAUUCCUUCUUAUUUAUAAUUCUUAAUAUCAUCGCUGUUUUCACGGGUAUGUACCUUCUGUUGCUUAAUUCAGUUACCGCAAUUUCUUCGACUGCGAGGAUAAUCUUUGGUGGUGCCCUUUUUUUCCUUGUUCUUCCCUUGUGCAUCCCUGGAAUUGUAUAUGCUCGUAGCUGGGCUCUGGAAAAUAUUCAUGCGAGUUUUCGUUUGCAAGGUUCUGGUUUUAACCUUGUUGACGUUGAUGAUCUCGAGCUUCACAAAGAGUUACUUAUCGGGCGAGAAGAGUACUAUUACAAGAACAUUGUGAAUGGUACUAUGAAGAAUCAGUUGUCUGUUCUUGGAGAAGAACACUCUGCUAGAGAUCUUCUUAGCAGACUGGAUUUUUGGUUAUACUAUGUUGCUUACUUUUGUGGAGGUACAAUCGGGUUAGUAUACAGUAAUAAUCUAGGCCAAAUAUCACAGUCCCUUGGGUUUGCUUCGAAAACUACUGAGCUCCUUACGCUUUAUUCGUCGUGCUCCUUCUUCGGACGGUUGCUCUCUGCUGCCCCUGACUUCUUGUGCGUGAAGCUGUAUUUUGCAAGGACAGGGUGGUUGGCAAUUGCGCUAUUACCUACUCCAGUUGCAUUCUUUUUGCUCACUGUAUCCAGUAGUGAGAGGGCACUGGAAGUUGGUACAGCCCUGAUUGGGUUUAGCUCCGGAUUCAUUUUUGCAGCUGCAGUGUCAAUUACUUCAGAGUUAUUCGGACCCAACAGUAUGGGUAUCAACCAUAAUAUAUUGAUCACAAACAUCCCUAUAGGUUCUCUUGCUUAUGGAUUACUUGCAGCAAUAGUUUAUGAUAGUAAUGUUAAAUCAUCGGGAUUGUCGACUAACAUGGAAAUAGUUGAUGGAGUGUCGAUUUGUAUGGGAAGACAAUGUUACUUGCAGACAUUCUUGUGGUGGGGUGUUAUCUCCUUGUUUGGCUUAUUAUCCAGUGGCAUUCUUUUCGUGCGCACAAAACCUGCUUAUGAUCGUUUCGAAGAGAACAGGAUUCUGACAUCUGAUACUGUUUAUUUAAUGAUGUGAAACUGGUAUUGAUUAGAUAUACUGGAAAGGAAGGUGUACCAUUCCCUGAGAAAUAUUAGGUUCUUUUGUCUUGGCAGCAACAACUAAUAGCACAAUGUAAUGUGAGUGUGUGCAGUGAGCGUGAGCUAUGCACAUGUGAGGUGCAAGUGCUAGAGAGUCGAGAGAACUAAUUCAGUUUUUUUCUUAAUAUCCUUGCUGUUUUUACUGGUA